GCGGCCGGCAGACAGCCGCUCGGCAGUGCGCAGGCGCCCAUCCUAGCGCUCUCCGCAUCGUGUAAACAGAGGGGCCUGCUGGAGACGACUUGUGCUUCCGGGUCACGCCUUGACAGCGGCUUUCGCGACCCCGCUCAGCCCGGCGGCGUUUCAGCAGACUGGAGCAUGUGCACAUCCUCUGCGCCUUGAUGAGUUCCAGUAUGUGGUAUAUUAUGCAGAGCAUCCAGAGCAAGUACUCUCUCUCGGAGCGCCUAAUCCGGACCAUUGCUGCCAUCCGCUCCUUCCCACAUGAUAACGUAGAGGACCUCAUCAGAGGGGGAGCAGAUGUGAACUGUACCCAUGGCACACUGAAACCCCUGCACUGUGCCUGCAUGGUGUCAGAUGCCGACUGUGUGGAGUUACUGCUGGAGAAAGGGGCUGAGGUGAAUGCCCUGGAUGGCUACAACCGAACGGCCCUUCACUAUGCAGCUGAGAAAGAUGAGGCUUGUGUGGAGGUCCUGCUGGAGUACGGUGCAAACCCCAAUGCACUGGAUGGCAACCGAGACACCCCCCUUCACUGGGCAGCCUUUAAGAACAAUGCCGAGUGUGUGCGGGCCCUGCUGGAGAGCGGGGCCUCUGUCAACGCCCUGGAUUACAAUAACGAUACCCCGCUCAGCUGGGCUGCCAUGAAGGGGAACCUUGAGAGUGUCAGCAUACUUCUUGAUUACGGCGCAGAGGUCAGAGUCAUCAACCUAAAAGGCCAGACACCCAUCUCCCGCCUGGUGGCUCUGCUAGUCAGAGGACUUGGAACAGAGAAAGAGGACUCUUGCUUUGAGCUCCUCCACAGAGCUGUUGGACACUUUGAAUUAAGGAGAAAUGGCAUCAUGCCAAGAGAAGUGGCCAGAGACCAGCAGCUUUGUGAAAAACUGACUGUUCUGUGCUCAGCCCCAGGGACUCUCAAAACUCUCUCUCGCUAUGCUGUGCGCCGAAGCCUGGGGCUCCAGUUCCUACCAGAGGCGGUGAAGGGCCUUCCGCUGCCAGCCUCUCUGAAGGAGUACCUGCUGCUCCUCGAGUAGCCUGGAGGAGACCUCAGCACCACCCUGCAGGCAACUCUGGGUGAGAGCCCCCCCUGCAGCGCUGUCUGUGUCUUGGAGAACAGGAAAAGCAGUCCUUCCUAUCGUGUAGUUCAUAGUUCAAGGUGACAUGUCACAACAGUGACCAACUCCAUACCACCUCCCCUCCCCAAACCAAGCAACCAAACAAAAUUCCUCACUUUUUUUUUUUUGUCUGUUGCUUACUUAGCCGUUUGUAUUAGCAUUGGACAAAAUAGGCACCACCCCCCACCCCCACCCCUUAGGGAAAAAGUUAAACUGUGUAUUUCUCUAGGAAGAUGAAGAAUAUUUAAAAAGACUUGUGUUUGGUUUUCCUCUGGAGACAUGAUCAACAUUUCAGAAGAUUCCCUCUGGAAGUGUUCUGAUGAAUUUACGAAGAAGUCAAAAGAAAAACCCCAGCUCAAGAUCAAACUACUCCCAACCCAGAUGGCAUGUUCAGAAUCAGGCUGGAUGCGCCCCUAGCAUGCCACGUCCUGGGGCAUUCAGAAGGGACAGUCCCCCUCUCUUCAAAGCAGACAGGAGUCUGCCUCUUCCGUGUGUGGGCUCUCAGGUUACAGUAGCUCAACAGCUUCAUUCCAGAAAGAUUCCUUGCUGCCUUGCCGAGGUAGACUCUUAAGUAGGCCUAAGAACUUCUCUUCUAAUCUGACUCCUCUUCCUGGAAGCUGGUUGGCCCAGCUGGGCUUCUGGUGCAGUCUUUGUAGCCCAAAGGGGUGCACUGCAGCAGGGGAGGGCAUGGGCAGGGCUGCCUCUUCCCACCGGUCUCCGUUCCUCAUUGGAAGCUCCUGCUGCUGAAAGCUUGGAGUUGUGUUUCUUUGGGUUGUUUUCAAACCUUUCCUUUUUACUGAUCUGCAUGGCCCUGGUGAAGAGACUGGGCUUGGAGGGAGGGCGGGCACGGGAAGAGUUGUUGACAUGGCUCACCUACCCAGUGCUUAGCUGAAAGUACUUAGUCAGCAGCACUCUGCCUUUUCACCUAUGUUCCUAAACUAGAUCCAGUGGUUAUUGAUCUCAGCUGACCUAUGUGCAAAUUUACCAAAUCUUUAAGAAUCUGACUGGGAGUCGCACAUAAAUAUGAAUGGAGUCUGUUGACACGGCUCACUUGAGAAAAUGUUUGCCUUUGUCUUUUUGCUGUUGGUGUUUUUUGCUCACUUGAAAAAAGAAAAAAUAAACUGAUCUAAAAGCAA